AGGAAUUGUCAAUUGUGAAAUACCCACAAAAGGCGAUAACACUAUAUCAAGUACUUUAAGCAUGCUAUUUAUUUGGACUUUUCACCAUUAUAUUUAUAGAAGAACCGAAGCUACCUUGAAAGAGCUUGAGCCACACCAAGAUUGUACAGAGAAAUAGAGACACAUUAUUUAAUUUGUGUUGUUGAACUGUGAAUUGCUGCAGUGAUAUCAACCAUGGCAAAGACUCCUUGUUGUGAGAGGAUGGGGAUGAAGAAGGGACCUUGGACUGCUGAGGAAGAUCACAUAUUGAUUUCUCAUAUUCAAACAUAUGGCCAUGGAAACUGGCGUGCUCUUCCUAAACAAGCAGGUUUGUUGAGGUGUGGGAAAAGUUGUAGGCUUCGAUGGAUAAAUUACUUGAGACCAGAUAUCAAACGAGGGAAAUUCAGCAAGGAAGAAGAAGAUACCAUCCUAAAGCUACAUCAACUUCUAGGAAAUAGAUGGUCUACUAUUGCGGCAAGAUUACCAGGACGAACAGACAAUGAAAUUAAGAACUUUUGGCAUACACAUUUGAAGAAGAGGGUGGAGAGAGGUGAAGUGCACGCAGCCAAUACCUCUUCACAUACCUUGCAAGAUGGUUCAGGCACUCUAUUAGCUAUGCCACAAGUACUAGCUGUGGAUGCAUCAAAUGCUGCUUCUAUUGUCAAUUAUGGUUCUACCUCAGGGAAGAAUCCACCUUGUGAUACUUCAGGAGAAACCAUGGGCAAUCAUGGUUCCAAUCAGAUCAGUGAAGAAAUGGAAUUUUGGUACAACAUAUUCAUCAAAUCAGGACAGCCAUCAUGAGGGAAUCAAAAUUUUAGGAUAGAUUGCCUCAUAUGACGCCUCAUGUCAUAUGGUACCUUUUUUUUUAUGUCAAUUUUGGUUUUAGCUUUGUGUGUGUACAAACUAAAAUUUGUGUUUAGUAAGGGUUUGUAAAAUUUCAAUUGUAUAACAUUAAUUUCAAUUAAAAUGAGUUUGAUUUGAAUUUGAAACUUUUGACAAG